UGUUUUCCCGGAUCCGCCAUUUCAGUUUUUGAAGUUAGUUGUCAUCGCUGCGUGGCUCCGAGCUGCGAGUUUGUUGCUAAAAGAGGCGAGAGGCGGUGGACAGAGCCGAGCGGCGCCCCGCACUCCCCUGCACUGAACCGCGCAGCCCGCUGGUCCCCUCCUCCCGGACGCCGCCGAGCCUCCGUGCCCACACGGCCAGCCGCGGAUGUCGCCUGUUCCCUGAACGAGCUCCAGGCGCUAAAGUUUGUGUAUGAGUUGAAGGCUCGGCGGGCGGAGAACGGGAGGGAGAGCAGGGAAGGCCCCGGUGAAGCCUCGGUGGAGCCCCGGUGAAGCCCCGGUGAAGCCUCGGGCUUUGGAGCGGCGAUCAUGGCCGGAAAUUUUGACGCGGACGACCGCAGCAGCUGGUACUGGGGUCGGCUGAGCAGGCAGGAGGCGGUGUCCCUGCUGCAGGGGCAGCGGCACGGCGUCUUCCUGGUGCGGGACUCCAUCACCAGCCCCGGGGACUACGUGCUGUCGGUGUCGGAGAACUCCAAAGUCUCCCACUACAUCAUCAACAGCAUCAGCAACAACCGACAAUCCGGCCCAGGUCUGGCCCAUCCCAGGUUCAGGAUUGGUGACCAGGAGUUCGACGCGCUGCCCGCUCUGCUAGAGUUCUACAAGAUCCACUACCUGGACACCACCACUUUAAUAGAGCCCAUAAACAGGUCCAGUCACCCCACGUUCAUGAGCACUGGCGGAGGCCCCCCGCCGCGCCUGGAGGACGAGUAUGUCCGGGCUCUCUUCGACUUUGCCGGCAACGACGAGGAGGACCUCCCUUUCAGGAAGGGCGACGUUCUCCGAGUCCUGGAGAAGCCGGAGGAGCAGUGGUGGAAUGCCCAGAACUCUGAGGGCCGCACCGGGAUGAUCCCGGUGCCGUACGUGGAGAAGUACCGACCGGCUUCUCCCAGCUCGGCGGCGGGGCCCGGUGCGCCCGGGGCCCCGCCGCCCGGUAUGGGUGUGCUGGGGAACUCUGACGGCUCCGCGGCCCAGUCCGGAGCCCCGCUGCUGGGAGACCCCAGCCAGUACGCCCAGCCCACCCCCCUCCCAAAUCUCCAGAAUGGACCUGUGUAUGCCAGGGCCGUACAGAAGAGGGUGCCCAACGCCUACGACAAGACCGCCCUGGCUUUAGAGGUGGGCGACAUGGUGAAGGUGACCAAAAUCAACGUGAACGGGCAGUGGGAGGGCGAAUGUAAAGGCAAGCGGGGCCACUUCCCAUUCACACACGUCAAACUGCUGGACCAGCACAACGCCGAGGACGAGCUCAGCUGAGAGCGGACCACCCGCGCCGCUUCCCUGGACACUAGUUAUUAGGCCCUCACCCCCCCGUCCUACCCCCUCCUCCUCCUCCUCCUCCCAUUCUGCACACACUGAUCCCCACCCUCCUGUUUACCUGCACCGAACGCCCCCCCCCCCCUCUCCACACACCCUCCACCUGACAACGGAGUGUUUUUGUGGAUUUUGACACCACCCUGUAGCCCCCCCCGAACCCCUCCUAAAGCUGUGGACACACUAUCACCACCCACUCCUCAGGAGACACCCCUCACCCCCCCCAUAGCUCAGCCACUUCCUCUUCCUGUGUCAGAGCCAGCAGAUAAACCGCUCAGCGCUGCAUUCAUGUCUCCAAAAACACUCAAACAACUCUGCAGUUUCUGAACCGUUACUUAACUAUAUUUGUCUUUCAUGACAGCGAUGACACUUAAAGCUGAAGCUAGGAGCUGGUUAGCAUGACAGUGGGUUGAAUGCUGUGAAUUAAAGCUAAUAGAAUGCAGAGAAACCACAAAUUAAGACACUUGAAAUACCAUUUCAUACCACAAGGUGGUGUAGUGAGUCACACACUAGUAGGUUCAACCAAAUAAAGAAGCGGCGAUUGAUAUCAGUGCCUCAUUCACACAGCAAACAAAAAGUCGCUGUCUAGAGUAUCAUCACCCAACAAGCCGUACUCGCUGAGACUUUCAAGGUAAUGUUUUUAAAUUAUUGAAAUUCACAAAUCACUUAAAAUGUGAGAAAAUAUGUCAUGACUUCACCAUGAACUCAUCACACCUGGCACGCCUGCUCUUGUAAUUCCGCUUCCAACCACAACAUGGCGUAAUAUAUGGCGGAGUCUCGUUUGUCCCUGAAUAAUCGGCUUCAGUCAUGCACCAGGGUCAACAGCAGCUUUUCUGAAAUAAUCUGACUUCUUAAACCGAGAGGUGUACUUCUGCUGUCACUACAUGUUUUUUCACUGAACUGUCGGGAAAUUAUUUCAGUUUGACAAUUAUAUAAUGGAAGCAACAGCUACAGGCGUAUCUGCUGAAAUGUGACACUUGUAAUAUCGCUUCGCGCCUCAAGAUGGUGCUGUGAGUCAGUCAACUAAAAUAAUGACUGACCCUCCGUCGAACUAUUUACUAAGACUAAACCUGCGAAAAGCUUUGAAAAAUGUGUUUCACAAACAGAAAGGGAGUUAACAGCAGCCAUUACUUCACCUUAAAGACUUCUGUGUAACAAACUAAUCCUGCAGUUCCACUGUGGACCACAAGGUGGUGCAGUGAGAAGGUAAAGUGUCCAGUUUGUUAGCACAGUCGCUCUGUUCUGGGUUCACAUUGCAUGAUGGAGACCUAAGCUGAGGUCAGGGUGAGUUGUAGCUUA